CCCCACCCGACUUCCCUUAUUGAAAAUUUUAAGGAAAUGUCGAUGCAGUUUUACAAUUUACAUAUAAUGUUUGAUAUUAUUUAGGCAUUUAAAUCAAUGUUAUAUUUGGAUAAAGUGAAAUGGAUGUAAACAAUGAUUCAAAUGAUUCUAUUGAGUUGCCUCUGGAUACAAGAAAUAAUGUUGUGAUAGAAAAUGAAUUUCAGCAUGGUAUUAACGGUUUUGAUACACAGAUACAAGUAGGAAGGGAAGAGUUUGUUAUGGAUCGUCAGUACCAUCCUACAGUAACUAUAGCAGAACAACCCCAGUCAAGAGGUUUUAGAUUUCGAUAUGAAUGUGAGGGACCAUCUCAUGGUGGACUACAAGGACAGAAAAGUGAGCGGGGAAGAAAAACUUACCCUUCAAUUAAGAUUGAUAAUUAUCGUAACUCCGCACGAAUUAUAGUUUCCCUAGUAACAGCUGAUGAAUCUGAUCCCCCGAAAAAUCAUCCCCACAAACUAGUAGGUAAAAACUGUGAGGAUGGGAUAUGUGUUAUGCAUGUUAAAGAUGGCCAUGGACCUAUACAGUUUCAAAACAUGUCAGUACAACAUGUCACAAAGAAAAAAGCAGGAGAAGUUUUACUAAAAAGAAUCAAGAACAGUAUUAUUCGAGAUAAACAGACAGCUAUGAGAGAUUUAAAAGCUCCGAUGUCUUUGACAUGCGAGGAAGAAGAACAUGCUGAAAAAAUGGCUAGAGAUCAAGCUAAAUCUACACAGUUAAAUGUUGUUAGAUUGUGUUAUCAAGUUUAUAUAGAAGAUCAUAAUAGACAAUGUGUUAUACCUCUAGAGCCUGUUUAUUCUUCUCCUAUAUAUGAUAGUAAAUCUCCAGGUGCUGCCACAUUAAAGAUUUGUAGAAUGGAUAAAUAUGGAGGAUGUUGUACUGGUAAUGAGGAAGUCUUUCUACUAUGUGAAAAAGUUCAGAAAGACGAUAUAUCAGUAAGAUUUGUGGAGUUAGAUAAUAAUGGAGACACUACAUGGGAAGAGUUUGGUAAUUUUGGUCCCCUUGAUGUUCAUAGACAGUUUGCCAUUGUAUUUCGUACACCACCAUAUAAAAAUCCUAAUAUAGAUAGGGCUGUCAAUGUCUUUAUAAUGUUACAGAGAAAAUCAGAUGGAGAACAGAGUGACCCAAAAUCAUUUACAUAUUAUCCACAAAAUCUUGAUAAAGAUGAAAUAAAGAAAAAGAAAAGAAAGAAAAUCCCCCUAGACAGUUCCUACCCUCAGUAUGGAGGGGGAGUGGAUGGUUCUAAUGGUGGGGGUAGUAAUGGUUAUGGUGGUGGUGGUGGGGGACAAACUGAAUAUGGUUCCAGGACAAACCAGUCUAAUUCUGUAAUUACUAAUCAAUCAGCACUACCUACAACUGUUGUACAAGCUGCAAGGGAUUGUUACGAUAGUAAUCCCAAUAGUCCUUACUCUCCAUUUUACCACGAAUACAGUUCAAACGUAAUGUAUGGCAACCCAGAUCUGGCUACAGACAGUGAACCGGUUUUACCACACGAUUCAAUUUUCGCCACCAAAGAUUUUCCUGAAGAACAUCAAGAUUUGGACGAUGUGGAUGGACUGUUUGAAAAAAUGAGGGUAACUGACAUAAAACCAAAGACAACAGCACAGGUUUCACCACAGGCUUCACCAAGAGGUUCAAGCCCUAAACAAGCCACUACAAUAGAGACAUCUACAAAACAAGCUGAAUCAGAAACAGAGUACAAAUCUUCAGAAUUUAAAAGCGUUGAAAAAGCAGUUGAAACUGAAUCUAUGAGUCUGGAUCAAAAAGGUGAAGCUGUAAAGAUUAUAGAAAGAACAGUAACAGCCAUGCAGGAUUAUGCUGAAACCAGUGAUAUUAGAUAUCUAUUAAUAGUUCAAAGACAUCUUGCCUCAAUACAAAAUACUAAUGGUGAUCUCCCAGUUCAUCUUGCUGUUAUAAAUGAACAAUUACCAGCUUUACAGAGUUUAUUAGGUGUUAUGGCUACAUUACCAAACUGCCAUGUUAAAGUCAAUUCAUUUAAUUAUCUUAGACAGACACCUCUACAUCUAGCAGUUUUAACUAAACAACCAGAAGCCAUAGAAUUAUUAUUACAGCAUGGUGCUGAUCCAGCUAUUAUGGAUCGGGCUGGUAAUACACCGGCUAAUCUAGCUGUACAGUAUAACUCUAUUCCAUGUCUAAAAUCAUUGUUAAAAUAUGUUAGACCUGGCGUAACACCUACAUGUCCUUUUCCUGAACUCAACUACAUGAAUUACGAAGGUUUUUGCCCAUCUCAUAUCGCAGCACAGAAUAGUAGUGUAGAGAUGUUAAGAUUGUUGUUUUUUGGUCGUGCUAGUUUAAGUUUACCAGAUGGUAAAAGUGGUAGAACACCAUUACAUCAUGCUGUAGAAAGCGAUGAUAUAUCUGUAGCUAGCUUUCUAGUCAUGGAGGCUGAAGCUGACGUAAAUGCUCAAUGUUUUGAUGGUAAUACACCUUUACAUAUGGCAUGUGGUCGUAAUCUUGUUGGUAUGACAGCCUUAUUAAUAUCUGCUGGAGCUGACGCUAGUAUAGAGAAUGAAGAAGCCUUUGAUGAAGGUUAUGGAUCAGAGAACGGUGAUAGGACGGACAAUGGUAGUCAUAGAGACGGUGAUAAACGCGGUAUGAGACCAGCUGAUUAUGUGAAAGAUAAUGAAAAGAUAUUAAAAGUAUUAUAUGGUGAUAAAUACACAGGGGAGACAAUUGACGAUGAUGAUGAUUUAGAACAUGAUGGAGUUGGUGAAAGUACAUCAGCAGCAUCUACUUUUAAAUCAACUGGUUUAGAAAGUGGUCUUGGUAGUUAUGUUUCAAUACCCGCUAAAGGUGAUAUCGAUAAAUUAGAUUUUAGAGUAAGAUUACAGUUAUCUCAGUUAUUAGACCCUGUUAAUCCAGGUCAAGAUAUCUUCUCGUUAGUAGAGAUACUGGGUUUCCCUCAUCUUAAUAAUGCUUUAGAAGGUAUCAAAAAUACAGAUACCAGUCCAACCAGCUUUCUUCUUGAUUAUUAUGAGACGUCAGAAGGAACAAUACAGAAGCUAAGAGAUGGUUUACAAAAGCUGGGUAGAAGGGAUGCGAUUAUUAUUAUUGAUAGUUCUAUUCAUAAAUAGUACAUUACUCUCCAUAUUUAGUACACUCAAAUUCUAUGUUUCAUGAACUGUGUUAAAUUUCAAGUUUUAUCAUUGAAGUUCAUGCGGUUUAGUAGAAUUUCACAAAUCAAGUCUAUCCUACAGCCUACUUGUGAUUGUCAAAAUUUAAAUGUUCUGUGUGUUGUUUUGGAGAUAAUCUGUCUUUGAAAAUUUAAUUUAAAUAGUUAUAAAUCAUUAAUACUUCCUAAUUAAUUAAUUUGACACAAUUGUUGUGCGUGCAAGUGAUGGCAAGAUGACUGAUCUGUAAUAGAGAAUUAGCCUGACACAUGGGAAACAUAUUAAUCGAAUAGGAGACCAUGUAAACAUUUAAUUUCAUAAGACAGAAUCUUAAGCAUUGUCUGGGCAAAACUGUCCCCCAAAGAAAUAAAAAAAUAACCAAGUUAUAUUGACAAGACAUUAUAAGCUUCAUUCCUUUCCCUUUAAAGUGUAGUCACAUAUCAUUUAUGUUUGCAGUAAUUUAAUAUGAAAACAUAAACGAUAUAGUCUAAACAUGCUACAAUGAUCUGGUUAUUAUUUGCCACCGUCAUUUAUAGAAACACUCUUUAAUUCAAUUGAACAAUCAUGUGCUGUCUUCAUGUGUAAAUAUUCCACAACCUGAACAAAUUAUAUAUUAAGGGAUCAGAAACAAACUGUGCUUACCCAUAAUUUUGGAUUUUUUUUAUUUUGAUAAAAUAUGGUAUGAAUGUAUAUUGAUUCCUGUCCAGUUUAUCAUUUCAUAUAAAAUUACUUUGCUCGAAAUGGGCCAGCAGUGGCAAUUGGACAAAAUUAGAUGUUUCCUAGUCCGACAUUGUGGAUGCUCUGGAGGCUAAAUUAAUCAUCCAACUGACUUACGAUUUAUACCACAGCUUUGUUAUGGUGUAACUGGUCAGGGGUAACUUGAGGAGGGGGGGGACAUGUUUUUUUUAUUUUACUUCUACCAUAAAAUUUUGUUUAGUCAUAAUUUGCUUUGUUAUGGUGUUUUUAUAAAUAUUUGAUCAUCUUUUUGAUUUAAUCAAGAAAUAACAAUUUGAAAAAAAUACAUAAUGGGCGAUUAAGGCCAUUGAUUUAUCUUCAAAAUUAAUCUGCCAGAUCCCUUUUCUCAGAAAACCGUUCAUGUGGGUUAGAUCAGUCUGUUUCCUUGUCCUUCCAAUAUAUAUGAUUAAUUUGAUGUAUAUGUAUAAUAUUGUUCAGUGUAGAGUCUACAUUGUAGACUAUUGUAGAGUGUUAACUCUUACAAUGACAGAGCAGAUCUUCUGUUCCAAAAUUUUGUAAAUUGGUUUCUUUUUAAGAGUUUAAACUCUCUAAAUAUUAAGUGCAUUUAUAUGUAUAAAAAGAGAAUAUUUGUUUCUUAUUGAUAUUCAUAAAAAGAUAAUAUAGUUGUGAAAUGUGAAUGAGUUCUGACAAUAUUUUAUUUCAAAUCUUAAAACACCUCUAUUACAAAUAACACAUCACUUUGUAGCAGGUGAAUAGUGUAGUAGCCUAUAAACUGUAUGCUAAUGAAUGGAUAUCUUUGAUCAACACAAACAAUACUUGCAGUGGACAGGAGGUCUUUAUUAUUUAUUUAGUGCAAGUAAAUUAAUCAUUUCGAUCUGUAAUUUUAUUUAUCAUUUUAUCACUUAAAAAUAAUUGUUGGUGGAAUAAAGGUCCACCAGAUUCCAGGCAACCUGCCUUAACCGAUUUAUAAAACAAAAAUGUUAUAUUGUGGUAGUUAAACUACAUUGAAGUUUAUUAAACUAUCUUGGAUAAAUAUGAAUAUGUAUGAUUUCAGACCUUAUUUUCUUUCAUUAGUUAAUAAAAUUUUAUAGAUUGUUCAAAAGAAAAAUUCAUAACUAAAAGGAUAUUUUGCAUCAAUAUCAUUGGAAGUGUCUGAAAUGUAGGUAUAUUUUACAUUAAAAAAAAAUUCAUUGAUGUCUUUUAUUGUUGAUUUUCUAUAUAUUAUAUUUUGUUAUAUUUUGCCAUAUUAUUUUUUUCCGUGUAUUAUGAUGUAUUUAUCAUCUUUAGUAUGUAAAUGUAAUAAAGGUUUAAGCUAACAGUCAUGUAAUUUAUAUUCUAAUGAAAAGAGCAGCCUUGUGUAAAUUUAAUAUUGUUUCCCCACAUGUUUUUAGAGCUUAUCAACCAAUUUAUUGAUAACAAAUAGUCACUAUGUGUGCAUAUAAAGUAAUCUACUAGAAAUCAUCUUAGGCAAAAUAGAAAUACCUAUGUCAGUGUUUCCCAACCUCUGGGUCGCGAGGACUUUUCGUGGGGUCGCAGACUAGUCUGAGAACUUUAAAAAAAAUGCUAUCUUUUCAUCUUGAUCUCGCUUUAACUCCGUACAUCUUAUCAAGGCCUUCACGUAACACUCUACAAUCUACAUUUUCGUCACUAAUUUCGAUUGGUCUAGGACCCAGCUCUAGACCUCUCAGAUUCCUUGAUAAAAAAUAUCAUCGCGAAUACCAAGUCUCGCGCUUUCCAACUGAAAUAUCUACCUGUGAUAAUCGAGUUGCAAAGUUCAAGGUUCGUUUAGGAACCGGCUUGAAAUAGAAAGGGACAUGAUUGUCGCGCUGAGUGGCGUUGAGCCACGCAUUGAAAACCUGGUCGCUGAAAAACAGGCGCAACCAUCCCACUGAUUAAAAAAAUUAAUAAUUUGUUAUCCGACUUUUAAUAAGUAAACUAAACAAUAAUAAAAGUGAAUGAUAAUGAUGUUUCAUAGUAAAAUGUGACUUUUCGAGGGGUUGCGAUCUGAUCCUGGGUCUGGAAUGGGGUCGCCACCCAAAAAAGGUUGGGAACCUAUGAGUGUGGUUAGAAAACUAUAUUAAGCGAUAUAUUAUUCAUUAAUUAAUUUUUAUGACACUACUUGUUCCUUUAUAUAUAACAGUUUUGUUGCUUUACAUAAUAUAGAACAAGUCAUUUUCUUUUAACAUAUGUGGUGUUAAUAAUUUUAAAUUGAAAUAUUGUAAUGUCCAUUGUGUUUUUCAUGCUAUAUUAACAUGAUAAAGCUGAAGAUAUAAUUUAACAUAGUUCUGUUUAUUAUUUAGUGUUAUGUAUGAUAUUGUUUUAGAAUAUGGACAUCAGUUACAGGUUAUUGUCCUGCUCGCCGAAUUUGCAAAAAAAUAAAGAAGCCUUGUAUUGUAAA